UGGAUGACAAUGGCUUCUUCAUCCAACUCGCCAUGUGCAGCGUGUAAGUUCCUCCGCCGUAAGUGCCAGCCGGAGUGCGUGUUUGCACCAUACUUCCCACCGGACCAGCCCCAGAAAUUUGCAAACGUACACAAAGUGUUCGGAGCCAGCAAUGUCACCAAGCUGCUCAAUGAAUUGCACCCACAUCAAAGAGAGGAUGCUGUCAAUUCCCUUGCUUAUGAGGCCGACAUGCGCCUCCGUGAUCCCGUCUACGGCUGCGUCGGAGUCAUCUCUCUCCUCCAGCACCAGCUCCGGCAGCUCCAGAUGGACCUCAGCUGUGCCAAAUCUGAGCUCUCAAAGUACCAAAACUUGGGGAUCUCCAGUCAUGGUUUACUAGCUGCGGCAGCAGCGGCAGCGACCGCUACCACCCACCACCACCAACAGAACUUGGGAAUCAACUUGAUAGGUAGUGGCGGGGGUGGCGGCGGCCGUGAUCACCUUUACCAUCACCAGUUCUUCCCACGAGAUCAGCCAUCAGUAAUCAGGACCUUUGAUUCCGGCAAUAACUACGAUGCAAGCAGCCUUAUUGCUAUGAAUGUAACGGCCAGCAUUGGGCAACUCAAUCAGUUCCAGCAACCUAGAGCUGCCAAUGGGGAUGACCGCCGAACACCCAUUGAGCCGUCUUAGGGCUUUACAAUUUCAUGGACCCAAAGUCUACCCAUCAAUGAUAGGUAAAAUAUCCAUCCUUUCAUCAUUGUUAUUAUUGUCUUUUCUUUCUUCGUAUUUCUCUUACCAUUAUUACAGUUGGA